AUACUGACACUUAUUAUAAUCUUCCUUCAUUUUUUCCAUAGUUUUGCUCUCUUUGUUUCAGUUUCUCUUUCCUAGGGUUAGGGUUUUCUCAGUCUUAUUCUUUACUUCCAACGAAAAGCUUUGUUUAUUUUCAUCAAUGGCGCAACAGGAGGUCCUGAACGGAGGAGCGGAGAAGGCAGUGGCGGUGAAGUUCACGGCGAUGAAGCCACAGCUGAUGGUGGAAGCACCAAAGGCAGUUGAUGCAGUGCAGUUCUACAAGACCGCGUUUGGCGCUGUUGAGGAUGGCCGUACUCUUUACCCCAAGCGGAAGGCUGAGCAGGAGCUCCCUCACAUCCUCUCCGCUCAGCUUGAGCUCGCCGGCUCUACCAUACUCGUAUCUGACAUCGCUGAUGACUCUGCUCCGGUGAAAAGUGAGGGAACUGGAUGUGUGCUCUGCCUCGAGACUGAGGACGUGGAAGCUGCUAUAGCCAAGGCCGUGAGCGCUGGAGCCGUUGCGGAGGGCGAGAUAACUGAGGGCGACGGCGCGUGCUGUGGUGGACGCGUGAGCAAGGUCAAGGAUCCCUAUGGAUACGUUUGGCUCAUCUGCUCUCCCGCCAAGAAAUGCACUGACGUUGAAGCUUAGAUGCCGUAUGCUCUUUGAUCUACUUUUGUUGAACUCUGUGCUUUUAAUAUCUUUGUUAUGGGUGGGACUUAUCAGAAAAAGUAAAAGGUUUCUCGCCGGUAGGAUUAGGUGAUCAAUAGUGUUAGGCUUUGGUAUUGAACAUUUUGAUACUGCUCAUCAUGAACUUAUUUAAAAAAAAAAAACUUUGUGAUAUCUAUAAACCUAACGCUGUCGGUAGCAGUUAAUUGAAUUUUAUUACCCUUUUUAUUUAUGUAUGUCUCUGUACCCUGUGAAUUGAGAGGAGAGCAGGUUUCUGUUACGUUGAGUUAACGAAUAAUAAGUUUGAAGGGUAGGAAUGACUUUUCAUCAACAUUUGAUAUGGAUAUGGUAUGUGUGGGUUUCGCAAUUGUGGUUUUAUCGUUGGUGCCUGGGUCAACGAUAUUAAUAUAAUACUAUUAUCAACAUUGGUAUUAGUUAUGCGUGUAUAUCUUAGUUCUUAAUGGCUUUGUAAUGUUUUAUUUGACAUUAAAGUAAGCAACAAUGCAAGCGUGAUUAUUUUGGAGGAAUAAUAAAUUGUUUGGAGACUUGGACGAAUGAAAAAGUCAUUGGGUUGUGAAUAAAGGUUGAAACUUCCCUUUGACGCAUAAUUAUGGUUGCUAACAGGAUGUGGGCACGCGUCCAUAUGGUAUAUGUCUGGCCUUACCUUCCAUUUAUCUGUGUCCGUUGAUUUUUAGAAAUCUUUAAGGUGGUGGCGGGGUCAUUUGAGAUGGUCCCAACGAGGAUGGAGGACGGGGGCAUCUGUUGUUUGGAGGUUGGAUGGAAUGAGCGGGGUUCACGUGAUUAUUUCCUUGUAGAAAUGUAAUGUUGUUGCAUUUUGAUUGAUGCCUCCAGCUUACUUUAAAUUUGAGGUCUCAGAAAUUGUUUUAGCCAAAUUAUGAGUUACGAUUGUCUUUUCUAUUUUACUUACGGAUUGUGGUCGUUGUCAUGUGCAUGUUAACUUCUAGCCAUUUAAUAGCUUAAUUACCGAGGACGCAAGGCCAUAAAACAAAUGCAGAAAGAGAAAAAGGGGGCUACCUAGGACUAGGAGGGGUCUAAAAUAUUACUCACCCAACUCUAGGCUUUGGUUUCUUUGGAUUAUUAUUAUAGUCUCUGUCUUCUUUUUACUUUUUUAUUAUUUGAAUAAUUUUGACUUACAAUCAUGCAGAGUUUUACCUUUAUCUGCUGCCAACCCUCUAUUGUUAUUUUUCCCCUCUCUUUUCUUCUUGUUUUUUAUAAAUCUCCUUUUGUUGUUAACUUAAGUUGUUAAUGCUUGUGACAUGGGAUGAACUGGUUUCUCAAUGCUGUGGGCUUGUGUCACUUGGGUCUUGAAUGAUGGAUGGUACUCACUGGAAAGAGACAGUGAAUUCGGUAUGCUUAGAAUUGCUACCAGAAAGAAAGAAAGGUAGAGUUGAUAAUGGAUCACAAUUCCCACAAAUAAAAAAGAGGGAAAAACAGCCCAUGAUGAAAACCGGUCAUGUAUUUUUUGGGCCCAAAAAAAAAAAAACAAGGAACAAG